UUGCCUGCAAUAUGGCGGCGCCCAGGUGAGGCUCGGUGGGAGCGCUUGCCUAGGUCUCUAGGCUGGAGCCGGGUUGGCUGACCGUAGAGAAAGCAUCCGGGAGCUGAACAUCUCUGCCCUAGUGCAUUCUGUGAAGCAAAGGCAUACACACUCGUGGCUGUGCCUCUGCGAAUCUGCUUCUUCUUACACUCUUCCUUGAUCAGUCCUGCCUCUGGGGCAGGGGUGGUGGCAGCCUGCGGAUUUGGUCGAUUUCCUGUGAACGCUUUGUUGCAAGCUGUACGCCAGUAUUACUAUGAACAUCAAUCAUAAUGGUGGCCUAAAACUUAAUAAAAUGGAGAAGAAGUUCUUAAGGAAACAGAGUAAAGCCAGACAUGUGUUGCUGAAACAUGAAGGCAUCCAGGCAGUGUCUUAUCCCACUCAGAGCCUGGUUAUUGCCAAUGGUGGUCUUGGUAAUGGUGUGAGUAGGAAGCAACUGCUUUUGGCUUUAGAGAAAUGUGGACCCGUGGAAGCUCUUCUAAUGCCACCUAAUAAGCCGUAUGCAUUUGUGAUAUACAAAACUGUCGAAGAAUCCAAGAAAACCUAUGCUACUCUCAAUGGAAAAGAAAUCAUUGAUGAUUUGGGGCAGAAGAUCAUUCUGUACUUAAAUUUUGUGGAACAAGCACAAUGGAAAAAGUUGGGGCUUCAAGCCUUACCUCCAGGCCUCUUGGUGGUAGAAGAAAGUGUGUCUUCUGAGGAUGAAAAAAUGCUUUUGGAAAGUGUUAAUUGGACAGAAGAUACAGGCAAUCAGAAUUUUCAAAAAUCCUUAAAACACAGAAGAGUUAAACAUUUUGGCUAUGAAUUUCACUAUGAGAACAACACUGUGGAUAAAGAUAAGCCCUUACCUGGGGGUCUUCCUGACAUUUGCAACAGCAUUUUGGAGAAAUGGUUGAAAGAAGGUUACAUUAAACAUAAACCUGAUCAGUUGACCAUAAAUCAGUAUGAGCCUGGACAUGGGAUCCCUGCCCAUAUCGACACGCAUUCUGCCUUUGAGGACGAGAUCAUUUCUCUCAGUUUGGGGUCAGAGAUUGUUAUGGAUUUUAAGCACCCAGAGGGUGACACAGUACAAGUUAUGUUACCUCGUCGGAGCUUGCUGGUGAUGACAGGAGAAUCUAGAUAUCUUUGGACUCAUGGAAUUACACCCAGAAAAUUUGAUACCGUCCCAGCAUCUGAGCAGUUCAAAGGUGGAAUAAUCACCAGUGACAUCGGAGACUUGACUUUAAGCAAGCGUGGAAUUCGAACUUCAUUUACGUUUAGAAAAGUGAGGCGUGUGCCCUGCAAUUGUAGUUACUCCUCCGUCUGUGACAGACAGGGGAAGACCACACCACCCUGCCUUCCAGAGAGCAGUAAAGAGGCAUGGCAGCUGGAGCGAGAACAUGUCCAUCGUGUGUAUGAUUUGAUUGCAAGGCAUUUCAGCAGCACAAGACACAGCCCGUGGCCGCGCAUCGUGGAGUUCCUGAAAGCUUUGCCAAGUGGUUCUGUAGUGGCAGAUAUUGGAUGUGGAAACGGAAAGUACCUUGGCAUCAACAAAGACUUAUAUAUGGUUGGGUGUGACCGUAGCCAGAACCUUGUAGACAUUUGUAGAGAGAGGCAGUUUCAGGCCCUCGUCUGUGAUGCGUUGUCACUUCCAUUCCGAAGUGGCUCUUUUGAUGCUUGCAUCUCCAUUGCUGUCAUUCACCAUUUUUCAACCGUGGAGCGUAGAGUGGCAGCUCUCCAAGAACUUGCCCGUCUCCUGAGACCUGGAGGGCAGGCCCUCAUAUAUGUCUGGGCAAUGGAACAAGAAUAUAAAAAUCAGAAGUCCUCAUACCUUAAAGGGAGCAAAACUAGCCAUGAAGAUGAAGAGGAGAUAAACAGUGAUACAUCUACUGAAGGACUGCCAGUAAAUCACAUGCCUGACGGAGGCAGUGAGGACCCAGGAUCAUCUGUCCCCUCCGCUGUUAACAUCAAGGAGGAAGGAUGUAAUCCACGGAAAGUUGAGCUUCCUGUUCAUACAAACAGGACUUGUUUUCAUUCCCAAGAUGUGUUGGUUCCCUGGCACCUCAAGGGAAACCCUGGUAAAGACAAAACUGUUGAGCCAUUUGGCUUAGCAGGAUGCCCUGACCCAAGUCCCGUGUUUCAUCGUUACUACCAUGUUUUCUGUGAUGGAGAAUUGGAGGCUUCCUGCCAGGCUCUGGGUGAUGUUAGCAUUCUGAAGAGCUACUAUGAUCAAGGGAAUUGGUGUGUUGUUCUUCAAAAGCUCUGAUCAUUUAUGUGAACAUAUUCAAGUGUAAAGAAAGAAAAUGCCUAUUUGUUUUUUAGAAGGAGGCUAAAUUAUCAUUUUAAUCAACGAGGAAACUUGGGGGUGGGGGGCAUUACCAAAGGAGAGCUAAGAGCAGAGUUUACUUAGGUAACAUUCUGUCUGCUACUGUUACAUGCCUUUUAAGUAUGGUAUUUAAAAGUGAUUGGCAUUAACUUGUGGAAAGUAUGUGAUCUUUGUGUAAGGGUACUGCAUUUUGAAGAUAAGCUUUUGUUAUAAAGUGUUUAUAAAGAUCCUAAACUAUGUAGGAUCAUAAUGAAGCAAUUAUAUAAUUUAAUGAAAUGAGUAAUUCUGGGCAAUAGGAAAUUAUCUGAAGUUUUAUCUACAACUGCCUGUUCCCAAAUAAUCAUAGUAACUUUGUCACUGCAUCUUUCUAGAACAUUGUGGAUGCCAGUAAAACUUUAGCCAGAUUUAAGAGAAACUUAAUUGAACAGAUAAUCAUGAAUUGCCUAUUGUUUACUACUAUGUACUAGGAUUGGAGUUAUGAACAAGGAGGUUUUGGUGCAGCUCAUUGAAAGACUAUGUGUUUCUACUUGAAGCCCUGGAUUUAAUACCCAUUAUCACAAACACAAACCAGCAGAAAACAAGAGCAAAGCCCUUAUGCCUAGGACGCUUACCUUCUAGAAAGGGAGGUUGACAAAACAAACAAGUGAAUAUUGUGUUCAUGGUAAUCAUAAAUGCCAUGGUUAAAAAAAAAAGUGAACUGGAGGCUGAAAGGUAUAUUAACCUUUGAGCAAAGAUUGCUUUUUCAUGACUGAAAUAACUACCAAUCCUGACUGAUUUAUUACCAGGAAUUACUAUUCCUGAUCUAUUGGUCUAAGCUCUGAAGACAACUCAAAUAAUUCCCUUUAACAGUUAAAUUGAAAAAAUUAAAAUGUUAUCAGCCAUACCAAACUUUGCUCUUUCAGUCACAAUUGGCUGUUUUUCCUUAUUCAUAUUUUGUCACAAUCCAGGAAGAAUGAAGGCAUUUUUAUCUAGUAAGUGAAACCAAAAGCAUGUUCUUGGCUACUACUAGUAAGAUGGAUCAAUAUCUAGCCAGACUGAGCUGACCAGGGAGAAACUUUUAUGAUUUUUAUAUAAAAAAAACAUAAUUUAAAGAAGGGAGUUAACAUAAUUGAGGGAACCAUUAUAGGUCUAAAGAGAAAUCUGGCACUAGGGAAAUGUCCAGAGGUCUACAAAGAUG